AUGUUGAAAAAAUGUGAAACCGGAGAGAAGUGUAAUGAUAUUCACAUAUUUGCUACAAAUGCUGAAGUUGAUAAAUAUAAUUUUGAAAGGCUACAUGAAUGUUGCCCAGAGGCAAUCAGUAUAAAUGCUAAAGAUUAUGUCAAAAAUUCAAAAACUGGACGAAUGGAACGUAAAGUUGGAUUUCAUACGAAAGUUUUCAACUCAUCUUUGUCUAAAUGUGUUUCCCUUGGUAUUGGAGCAAGGGUUAUGCUAAAAAAAAAUAUUGAUGUUGCUGACGGUCUGGUCAAUGGAGCGUUUGGUACAGUUGUCUACAUAACUGAAAGUCAAAGCAAUGAUGAUGAUUUUCCAUCAGCUAUACAUGUGGAGUUUGAUGAUCCAAAUGUCGGUAAAAUUCAGAGAUCUAAAAACCGCCAGAGAUUUUCCCAAAAUUCAACAGUAAUUGAAGUACAAGAAGAUCAAGUCACAAAUGAUGGUGGUAUAAGACGUCAGUUUCCUCUCAGAUUGGCAUGGGCAUGCACAGUUCAUAAAGUGCAAGGACUCACAGUAGACAGAGCUGUUGUAUCACUUAAGAAAAUCUUUACAGCAGGGCAAGCAUAUGUUGCAUUGAGCCGAGUAAGAUCUCUUAGUGGAUUAAUAAUUGAGGACUUUAAAGAGUCUGCCAUAUUUUGUAAUGACAAAAUUGAGUUGGCUAUGAAAGAUAUGCCAAAAUUGUCUAUGGAAAAGGACAGUUUCACUGAAUCACUUGAAACCUGGCUAAAUGCUGAUGACAAAGCACAAGAACCACAAAUACCAGAAUUUGACUAUGAGGACACUACAACUAUGAGGACACUACAACUCAUCUAG